CGCGUUGCCGGCAUGGGUAGCAAGUGAUUUCGCAGACUGGAUGACGUUGCAAAGAAGUACUCGCUUCGUUUCAUCUUUGGUGCGUCGCCAAGCUCGCAUCCAUAUGACUCACGUCUUCGUCUACGGGACCCUGAAGAAGGGACAGCCCAAUAACUUCCGCAUGUUCGACCAGGCCAACGGCAAGGCCAAGUUGCUGGCCUCAGCGCGCACCGUUGAGAAGUUCCCACUCGUUAUCGCAAGUAAGUACAACGUCCCCUUCCUCCUCAGCAUCCCCGGCCGUGGGCGACGCGUCUACGGGGAGAUCUACAGAAUGGACGAUCGGAUGCUGCAAUUCCUGGAUGCUUUCGAGGGCGUUCCCACCAUGUACCAGCGUACGCCGGUGAAGUUAGAGGUGGAGGAGUGGAUGGAUGGGAAAGACGGAGAGGAAGCUCUGGCAACAGGGAGCACCGUGGAAGCAUUCGUGUACAGCACUACAACGUAUGAGCCGGACUGGCCCUCCCUGCCCAGUUGUGAGAGCUAUGACUCUCACGGGGAUCACGGGCUAGAGUACGUCACCAGAGAGGCCAGAAACUGACGUAUCCCACCAGGGGUGAUGGAUAGAUAGAUAGAUAGAUAGAUAGAUAGAUAGAUAUAUAGAUAGAGGAAGGCAGGUUAAGGGGCACCGGUUUCCUGCCUGAAAUGAUCUGUUAUGCAACUUUUCAUCAUUUACCUGGAUCUUUUACUUGAUUAAGACGUAACACACUUAAAACAAUUGUGUACCUCUGUUAAUACUUGGUAGAAACUGUAAAUACUAUGCUGUCAGUACUGGAUAGAAUUUCAUGUUUUAAUUGCAUUUUAUUAGACAUCUGAAUGAAUGGGGGGGGGGGGGCUGGUUUAAGUUCAUUGCAGGCCUUAUAGCAAUGAAAAGCGGGGAAUUUUCCGGAGUUGUGCAGACUUUGAAUAAGCAUCGUGCUCCACCCGGCCGAUGAAAACUGUUCGGGGGAUAGUUAUGAGAAUAUGUUAUGAGAAUAUUUCCUCCAAAACAGAAUUGCCAUGUCACUCCUUAAAUCCCAUGACGGUCACGGGGGGGUGUGUGACAUGUAGACGUUUUUUUGGUCUAAAUGUACUGUAACUGUUACCGAUGAUAAUCUCAUACUUUGACUGAAGUAAUGUAUCAGUAUCGGUGGAGCAAAUUCAUAUAUAAGUUUGUUUUAUAGGUUAUAUACGGCACAUAGAAACACGUGACUAUUCGGAAAUGUCGGUGUCACUCGUUGGAACACUGCCGGCCCCUUUAAUGUCUCGAAUCCCCUCAGUUUCACUUACAUGUUGUGCAAUAAAAGAGGAACGAUAGCACCUACGGCGUGUUUG